GCGGCGGGGGGCCGGGUGGCCGGGGUCCCGGGCCCCGCAGCGGCGGCAGCGGCGGCGGCGGCAGGAUGAUCAAGCUGUUCUCGCUGAAGCAGCAGAAGAAGGAGGAGGAGUCGGCGGGCGGCACCAAGGGCAGCAGCAAGAAGGCGUCGGCGGCGCAGCUGCGGAUCCAGAAGGACAUAAACGAGCUGAAUCUGCCCAAGACGUGUGACAUCAGUUUCUCAGAUCCAGACGACCUCCUCAACUUCAAGCUGGUUAUCUGUCCUGAUGAGGGCUUCUACAAGAGCGGGAAGUUUGUGUUCAGUUUUAAGGUGGGCCAGGGUUACCCGCAUGACCCCCCCAAGGUGAAGUGUGAGACGAUGGUUUAUCACCCCAACAUUGACCUCGAGGGCAACGUCUGCCUCAACAUCCUCAGGGCCUGUGGUGGCUGCCUGCUCACCAGCCCCUAUCAUGAUGCUCUCUGCCCACAGAGAGGACUGGAAGCCAGUCCUUACGAUAAACUCCAUAAUUUAUGGCUUGCAGUAUCUCUUCUUGGAGCCCAACCCUGAAGACCCACUGAACAAGGAAGCCGCCGAGGUCCUGCAGAAUAACCGGAGGCUGUUUGAGCAGAAUGUGCAGCGCUCCAUGCGGGGUGGCUAUAUCGGCUCCACCUACUUCGAGCGCUGCCUGAAAUAGGGCUGGUGCAUACCCACCCCUGCCAGGGCCACCAGCCCCGGCGUCCCCUGCAGAUAUUUAUUGGGGGCCACAGGUGGGGGGACAUGGGGGCGGCUGGUGGGGGAAUCCCAUGCCCUGGCCGGCCACCCCUCCCUGCUACCCGCUCCUAGUUUGUUUUUUUUUAAACCACCACGUGAUUAAGGUCGGCGCUGCCUCCCCCGACCCACUCAGCGAUGGGAAAUGAAUUGGCUUGUCUAGCCCCCCGCUGGGUGUUGUCCAGCCCCACCCCCUACUCUGGGCUCUGGGGUGGGUGGCUAUGGGGGUUGGGUGGCUGGGGACCCGGCACCCCACCCCUCCACCACUGGAGGUCCCAGCAGGCUAUUAAAGGGGAAUGUUACUGCA